AUGGCAUUGACCAAAGAGCAACUCAAAGAUAUCGAAACCAACUUGGUGGAAUUGGCUUCUAAACAAGUAGGGCCUAUACUCAAGGAAAAAACCGGCACUCAAUUCGAGUCGUUUGAUGACAAGGCUAACCAGGUAGACCUUGUCACGGCUGUUGACAAAAAAAUCGAAUCUAUCAUCAAGGAAGCGCUCUCAACGCUGUAUCCAGACUUCAGAUUCAUAGGGGAGGAAACGUAUAAGCCAGGAGACACAGAAAUCGGAGCAGAACCCACAUUUAUCGUCGAUCCUAUCGACGGAACGACCAAUUUCAUCCACGGGUAUCCAUACAGCUGCACAUCGAUGGGAUUGGUGGAAAACGGCAAACCGGUGGUCGGGGUAGUAUUCAACCCACAUCUAAACCAAAUGUACCACGCGUCCGCUGGAAACGGCGCGUUUUUGAACGGCAAGCCCAUCAAGGUAGCAGAACGCGAUCUGGAGCUGCAAAAAUCCAUAUUAGCACUGGAGGCCGGCUCAGAGCGUUCUUCGGGCUCUUCUGGCGACGAUAACUUCGACAUCAAAUAUGCCACGUAUAAAAACCUGCUGAGCGACCAGGGGGCUUACAUCCACGGUAGCAGAAGCUGUGGAAGUGCAGCCAUGAACAUGUGCAUGGUUGCCACAGGGACUCUUGACGCCUAUUGGGAAGGUGGCUGCUGGGCCUGGGACGUCUGUGCGGGAUGGAGCAUUUUGACGGAAGCCGGUGGCAUUGUUGUGGGCGGAAACCCCAACGAGUGGGAAGUGCCUGUCGAUGAGAGAUGCUAUUUAGCUGUGAGAGGCGGGAGCACGCAUCCUUCGCAAAAAGCGUUUGUGGAAGAAUUCUGGUCUCAUGUUGCUGGCAAACUAAAGUACCAUUGGUGA